UGUCGUGAAUGUGUGCACGAGACGAUGUGGUACGUGGCUGAAGCAUUCGUAUGGUUGCUAGUGGUGCUAAAUUACGUAUCCAGCGCUCCGCAGCCCCCUCGCUUGACUAUCGACUGCUCUGAUGAAAGGGUUUCAUACGGGUCCAAAUACAGGUCAUCUGACUCCAAAGGCAACUCUCGCUUAGACGUAAACUCAUUCUGCAACCUCAUUCACAAUGUCUUCCCAAAAUCGAUCCAAGGCGGGAAAUUCCUUCUUAUCGAACCCGAAGACCAGAUUGGAUAUAGUGACACACAAGUACCGAUAUCUAUAGCACCACCACCGGACUUCAUGGAAAACUUAAGGCGAAUACCAAAGUUGAGAAUCCCAGGAACAUUUAAUGAACCUAGACUCAAGGAGUGGCGUGGGCCUUUCUCGCCUCCCAGGAUAGGACCUUCGACGCUUCCAACGUCGGUGAUGAAAGUAGAUUCCAGUGCAGAGAGGAUGGAGAGGUUCAAGAAGGGUGUCCAGAAGAUGCUGCAUGUUGUGAGAGUGUUAGGACAGAUUGAUCAAUACUUCUCAGAGAGAAUGCGGAUCAUUGUUGACAAACUCACUAAGACUUUUGGCGAAUAG